CUGCUUGUCACACUGACCUGCACCAUCUCUCAACUGCUCGUGGGGUUUCUGUCAACUAGUACUGGAGGGGAGCAAACUCUUUGGAGAAUAACAUCUUAUUGUGGCCAUGCCAGAACCCACUAAGAAAGAGGAAAAUGAAGUCCCGACCCCAGCCCCAGCCCCACCCCCAGAAGAGCCAAACAAAGAGAAGGAAGCUGGAACUGCACCACCCAAAGAUGAAGAGGAAGUCUUCCCGCCUAAUGCCCUGCCUCCAGGUUUGUGUAGUCGGGCCCUGGAAAGAAAAGAUUCAGAAUGGUCUCUUGGCGAGUCACCUGCCACAGAGGAUCAAGAAAAGCAGAAUGCGAAUUCUCAGCUGUCCACCCUGUUCGUGGAGAAGCCUCAAACAGGAAGAGUGAAAGUUGGUGAAAAUAUCAGCUUUAUAGCCAAAGUCAAGGCUGAAGAUCUUCUUAGAAAACCCACUGUCAAAUGGUUCAAAGGGAAAUGGAUGGACCUGGCCAGCAAAGCUGGGAAGCACCUCCAGCUGAAGGAAACCUUCGAAAGGCAAAGUCGGGUGUACACAUUUGAGAUGCAGAUCAUCAAGGCCAAAGAGAACUACGGAGGGAACUACAGAUGUGAGGUCACCUAUAAGGAUAAGUUUGACAGCUGUUCAUUCGAUCUUGAAGUACACGAAUCUACCGGGACGACUCCAAACAUUGACAUCAGAUCUGCUUUCAAGAGAAGUGGAGAAGGUCAAGAGGAUGCAGGGGAACUUGACUUUAGUGGUCUCCUGAAACGUAGGGAGGUGAAGCAGCAGGAGGAAGAACCCGAGAUAGACGUGUGGGACCUGCUGAAAAAUGCGAACCCCAACGAGUACGAGAAGAUCGCCUUCCAGUACGGCAUCACCGACCUGCGCGGCAUGCUCAAGCGGCUCAAACGCAUGCGCAGGGUGGAGAAAAAGAGCGCAGCUUUUGCAAAAAUUCUUGACCCUGCAUAUCAGAUUGAUAAAGGAGGCAGGGUAAGGUUCGUUGUGGAACUGGCAGAUCCAAAGUUGGAGGUGAAAUGGUAUAAAAACGGUCAAGAAAUUCGACCCAGUACGAAAACAAUAAUUUAUUUGAUUAACUCUCUUCAGAGUUAUGAGAAAAUUGGGAAAACUUACCCAGCAUUGCCAGCUAUACAUUUUGCCAAGAAAAAGCCGCCAAUUAUGGUGACCAAACAAUUGGAAGAUACAAAUGCUUACUGUGGGGAGAAAGUGGAAUUAGAAUGUGAGGUAUCUGAAGAUGACGCCAAUGUAAAAUGGUUUAAGAAUGGUGAGGAGAUCAUCCCUGGUCCAAAAUCAAGAUACAAAGUUAAAGUUGAGGGCAAAAAACACAUUUUGAUCAUAGAAGGAGCAACCAAGGCCGAUAGUGCAGAAUACUCUGUAAUGACAACAGGAGGACAAUCAUGUGCUAAGCUUAGUGUUGACUUGAGGCCUCUGAAGAUAUUGACACCUCUGACUGAUCAGACUGUAAAAGUUGGAAAAGAAAUCUGCUUGAAGUGUGAAAUCUCUGAAAACAUAUCAGGAAAAUGGACUAAAAAUGGGCUACCCGUUCAGGAGAGUGACCGCCUCAAGGUUGUGCACAAAGGAAGAAUCCACAAAUUAGUGAUAGACAGUGCUCUCAUUGAAGAUGAAGGUGAUUAUGUAUUUGCACCAGAUGCCUACUCUAUUACUUUGCCUGCCAAAGUUCAUGUUAUUGAUCCUCCUAAAAUCAACCUUGAUGGUCUUGAUGCUGACAAUACAGUGACAGUAAUUGCAGGAAACAAGCUUCGUCUUGAGAUUCCCAUCAGUGGAGAACCACCUCCUAAAGUCAUUUGGAGCCGAGCAGACAAGGCUAUUAUGGAGGGCAAUAGCCGGAUAAGAGCAGAAUCUUACCCUGACAGCAGCAGUCUGAUCAUUGAUGCAGCUGAAAGAGAUGAUUCUGGGGUUUACAACAUAAAUCUGAAAAAUGAAGCUGGAGAAGCACAUGCAAGCAUCAGGAUUAAAGUUGUGGACAUCCCUGAUCCUCCAGUGGCACCGAGUGUGACAGAUGUGGGAGAUGACUGGUGUAUCAUGAACUGGGAGCCUCCUGUCUAUGAUGGAGGGUCCCCAAUCUUAGGAUAUUUUAUUGAGAGGAAAAAGAAACAAAGCUCCAGGUGGAUGAGGCUAAAUUUUGAUCUCUGCAAAGAAACAACUUUUGAGCCCAAAAAAAUGAUUGAAGGCGUGGCCUACGAGGUCCGCAUCUUUGCGGUCAAUGCUAUCGGCAUCUCCAAGCCCAGUAUGCCCUCCAAGCCUUUUGUUCCUUUGGCUGUAACCAGUCCUCCUACUCUUCUGGCUGUUGACUCUGUAACCGACACCACUGUCACGAUGAAGUGGCGGCCCCCAGACCAGAUUGGUGCAGCAGGUUUAGAUGGCUAUGUGCUAGAAUAUUGCUUUGAAGGAAGUACAUCAGCAAAACAGUCUGAUGAAAAUGGGGAGGCUGCCUAUGAUCUGCCAGCUGAGAACUGGAUAACUGCAAACACAGAUCUGAUUGACAAGACCAAGUUCACCAUCACGGGUCUGCCCACGGAUGCAAAGAUCUUUGUGCGUGUGAAGGCUGUGAAUGCAGCCGGCGCCAGCGAGCCCAAAUACUACUCUCAGCCCAUCCUUGUGAAGGAAAUCAUUGAGCCUCCAAAGAUUCGCAUCCCAAGGCACCUGAAGCAAACCUAUAUCCGCAGAGUUGGAGAAGCUGUCAACCUGGUUAUACCUUUCCAGGGAAAACCAAGACCAGAGUUAACUUGGAAGAAGGAUGGUGCAGAAAUUGAUAAGAAUCAAAUAAAUAUCCGCAACUCUGAGACUGACACCAUCAUAUUUAUCAGAAAAGCAGAGAGGAGCCACUCUGGGAAAUAUGAUUUGCAAGUCAAAGUGGAAAAAUUUGAGGAAAACGCAUCGAUUGAUAUCCAGAUCGUUGACCGUCCAGGUCCACCCCAAGUUGUGAAGAUUGAGGAUGUCUGGGGAGAGAAUGUUGCCCUAUCAUGGACACCACCAAAGGAUGAUGGAAAUGCGGCCAUUACAGGGUACACGAUCCAGAAGGCUGACAAAAAGAGCAUGGAAUGGUUCACUGUCAUUGAGCAUUAUCACCGAACCAAUGCCACCAUUACUGAGCUGGUCAUAGGAAAUGAAUAUUACUUCCGGGUCUUUGCUGAAAACAUGUGUGGUCUCAGUGAGGAUGCAACAAUGACUAAAGAAAGCGCUGUGAUUGCCAAGGAUGGUAAAGUCUAUAAAAAUCCAGUGUAUGAAGACUUUGAUUUCACAGAGGCGCCCAUGUUUACUCAGCCUUUGGUUAACACCUACGCUAUAGCUGGGUACAAUGCCACGCUGAACUGCAGUGUGAGAGGAAAUCCUAAGCCCAAAAUCACCUGGAUGAAAAACAAAGUUGCUAUUGUGGAUGAUCCAAGAUACAGGAUGUUCAGCAACCAAGGGGUCUGUACAUUGGAGAUUCGCAAGCCCAGCCCCUAUGACGGGGGCACUUACUGCUGCAAAGCAGUCAAUGACCUUGGGACAGUGGAGAUCGAAUGCAAACUGGAGGUGAAAGGUGGCCUUUCCUUCUGCAGGCUCCUCUUGCAAGGCGUGCCUCCUAACAUAAUCGAUUCGUAUUUGCGAGACUUGCAAUCAAGCAAUCCUGAGGACUACUAAGGGCCUGGGCACUGCCUCUCUGCAUGCCACGGCUUUGAAAUCUGGUUGCAAUGAGAAAGCCUUUUCUGUUUUAACACCAGGCACCUAAGUGUGGCCAUUUGUUUUCCCUCCCAGUGUUAAAGAAAAAAAAAAAAAAAAAAAAAAAAAGUUUGCACGGAUUGCUUCAUUAAAAAUUGCAAACAAAAUCCCAUCAGAAGUCAGCAUUUUGAUCAUUAUUGUCUGUGCUUGGUCAUGGCACUUUACAAAAAAAGCAAGCUACAGAAUAAGCAAAAGCAGUUAUUUUAGUUUAAAAUAAUAGGCUGUAAAUGCUUUUUUUUUCCAGAGUAAAAAAAAACAGUAAAACACACCACGAUAAAAUCUUGAAAACCCAUCUUUCUCUUGAUCUAAGAGAUUUUCUAAGCAAAGCAGAGAUGUUUAUUUCACACAACCCUGCUUAACACCAGUGGAUCUGUGCCUUUUUCCGGUUUGAAUGCACUAAAAGACUCCUUAAAGCCUUUCAAACAAGUUUUCUCAACAGAAGGGAAAAAUGUAUCCAAUAAAUGCUACAAUAAAUCUGAAGUGUUUAUGAUGAGA